UGGCUGCUGAGAGGGGAGUGCGGGCGUGACGUCAGCGGCCGGCAGCAAAGAGGAAAGAUGGCGGCGGUGACCAGAGGCUCCUUCACUGUGUUCAGACUGCUGCUGAGUCAGCAGUACCGCCGCCGAUGUUUCCGGCUGCAGAGCUUCAGAUGUGACAGACGUGUGCAGCCGCUGACCUUCAGAUGGGACCCAGCACUCCAGAUGUUGAGCAGCAGGACGCUGCACACCGCCAGCGUGAGUCGAGGACCAAUCGUCCAGUUCAAACUGUCCGACAUCGGAGAGGGAAUCAUGGAGGUGACGGUGAAGGAGUGGUACGUGAAGGAGGGCGAUAAGGUGUCUCAGUUCGACAGUAUCUGUGAGGUUCAGAGCGACAAGGCGUCCGUCACCAUCACCAGCCGCUACGACGGAGUCAUCAAAAAACUCUACUACGACGUGGACGCCACGGCCUUGGUGGGAAAACCACUGGUGGACAUCGAGACAGAGUCCAGCUCAGAGGUGAUCCAGGAGGAGGACGUGGUGGAGACGCCCGCCAUGGCUCGAGAAGAACACACCCACCAGGAGAUCAAAGGUCACAAGACUCAGGCCACGCCCGCUGUCAGGCGCCUCGCCAUGGAGAACAACAUAAAGCUCAGUGAGGUGGUGGGGACGGGGAAGGACGGACGGAUCCUGAAGGAGGACAUCCUGAACUUCCUGGCGAAGCAGACAGGCGCCAUCAUCCCUCCGACCCUGUUCCAGGAGGUCCAGACCCCGCCUCCAGUCCCGCCCCCUGCUGCUGCCAAGCCUGUCGGCGCCGCGGCGCUCGUCAAACCUACACCCGCCACACCCAGACCUGUCUUCACCGGGAAGGAUGUCACUGAGCCCCUGAAAGGUUUCCACAAAGCGAUGGUGAAGACGAUGACAGCAGCGCUUAAGAUUCCUCACUUCGGUUACUGUGAUGAGGUGGACCUGACCCGCCUGGUGUCUCUGAGAGCCGAGCUCAAGUCCGUCGUCGAGAGUCGAGGCGUCAAACUCAGCUUCAUGCCAUUCUUCAUCAAGGCUGCCUCCCUGGGCCUCCUUCACUUCCCCAUCCUCAACGCCUCGGUGGACGAAGGCUGCCAGAACAUCACGUACAAGGCGUCUCAUAACAUCGGCCUGGCGAUGGACACCAGUCAGGGUCUGCUGGUUCCCAACGUGAAGAACGUCCAGCUGCUCAGCGUGUUUGACAUCGCUCAGGAGGUGAACCGUCUGCAGACACUCGGAGCUGCAGGUCAGCUGGGAACCAACGAUCUCAGUGGAGGAACCUUCACCCUGUCCAACAUCGGAUCAAUCGGAGGGACGUACGCCAAACCGGUCAUUCUUCCUCCUGAAGUUGCCAUCGGAGCUCUGGGAACAAUCCAGGUUCUUCCUCGGUUUGACGCUGGUGGUCAGGUGGUCCGAGCUCACAUCAUGAACGUCAGCUGGUCGGCGGAUCACCGCAUCAUCGAUGGAGCCACCAUGUGUCGGUUCUCCAACCUGUGGAAGGAGUACCUGGAGAACCCAGCCAGCAUGGUGCUGGACCUGAAAUAGACAGAGGAAUAUUUCCCAUCAGCCCCGAGGAGGACGAAGACCUUCAUCACUGCUCCAUCUCCUCUUCCUCUUCUGAUGCCUUCGCUCCCUCUCUCUGUUGGAGGCCUUCAUGUUCACUCGCUGUUGUUUCCUUGUUGCCUUUGAGCCAGGCGCCAGGAGGAGGGGGAGGGGUCAAUCACGCUGUUUCUGUGACGACCAACAACACACACACACACACACACACACACACACACACACAGAGGAGGUCAGAGUUAAAACAAACACUGACAUGAUCUUCAGUGUUUCAGAGAACAGACUACAAACUGAUGAUGAUGAACUUCACUCUUCAUCACUUCACCAGAAUGACCUGCUGUGAAUCAGUGAAUCAGUGAACUGGUGAAUGGAGCUUGUUGUUGUUUGAAACCUGCUCUUCAUCCUUCAGUCACAGUUUGUCUUCCUGUGAAUCAGCUGCUCUGAGAUCAGUUUGUAGUCACUGGACUGAAACAUUAAAGGGACAGUUCACACGUUCACACGUUCACAUGUCGUGCUGUGUGAGGCACUGAUCCACAGUCAGUGUGUUUCCUACAGCAGACGUCAGUCAGCAGUUUGGAGUCUGACAUGGAGGAUGAAGGACGUCCUGCUGUGGGCGGAGUCAGAAACUAAAUGUGUUUUAGACUCCUUAAAAAUCAUCCUCAGUUUAAGUGUACGUUAUACUGACAAUAUUUUCACUGCUUCAUCUUAAUGUCACACUGACGAUAGACGGGGCAAUGAAGCUGUUUUCUCUCUCGUCACAGUCAGACUGUCCGGCAGCAGCAGACCAGCAGCUCCUGAGUUCACUCAUGUUAAAUCACUGGUUUUCUUAAUGGAGUCUGGCUGCGACGAGAGACAGAUAGAAGACUCAGACUGUUUCCAUGACGACAGAGAAAAUGGAUUUAUAUAAAUCCCUGUAAACAUGUCAGUGUGACUGAAAUGGUCCUGCAGUGAAUGUGUCACAGUGGGACUAACACACCCAGAUCAUGUGACUCCUGCAUGUAUACAGUCAAUCAGACCCAAACUGGCCGAGGCGCUCUGAGCAUGCUCCACAGUUUCCGCCCCGGGCUUUGACCCGGAAGUCCAAUAGCAUUAAAUGUGUAAGAGAAGAAGAAGCCGGUAACAACAUGGAGAAAUCUACAUCCAGAGCCGUGACUGUUUGGACGCACCAAAUGUACAGAGCUGUAACAUGUGGACGUGUGAACUGUCCCUUCAAACGUCAGUUUGUCAGUCGUGUCUUUGUGUUCAUGUUCUGUGAUGAAAUGUUCUCUGUAGAACCAGGUUCCUGUUUAUCAGACGUGUCAGAGUCCAGCAGAGACACUGGGACUAAAACCAUCCAUGAUGUCUCUUUAACUCACUGUCACAUGACUUUUAUUCAGCCAAUCAGUCAGAGACGUGAGCUCAGUCAGCUGAUGACUUCCUGUCUGACGUUUGGUUAAAGUAAAGUUCUGCGUGUCGUCAUUUCGAUCUCUGAUGAUCUGCUGCGGUCUGAUCUGAUCUCAGACCUGUUUCUGCACCUGGUCCAGUAUGCUAAUGAGGGGGGCGGGGUCAAGACACCUCAUGAGUCAGGUGAAGGGUCAUGUGUCACAUAUUUGGAACAGUUGGUGUGAAUGAAUGAAAUCAUGAUUCAGUUUCUGACGUCUCGUCAAUAAUCAAUAACACAGAAGAAUCAGCGUCAACAAACGUGUUCUGUGGUUCAGACCCGUCUCCCUCCUCACGGUUACUGUCUGUCCUUCAUCUGUCCUCUGUCUGUCCUCCGUCUGUCCUCUGCUGUUUCAUAAUAAACACUAACCCUGACAGACAAUUAUCAACCUGUAAAUAACCACAGUGAGUCCUGACUGCAGACCUGGUCCUGGUCCUGGUCCUGGUCCCUGCUGACUGCAGACCUGGUCCUCGUCUGUCCUGAAGACUGUUACAGAACCUCCUGAUGAUGAUAAUGAUAGUAGCCUGAUCCAGGAUCAGCUCCUGGACCUCGGUCUCCUCUCUCCUGGACUUCCUGUCUGUCCUGGUGGCUGCUGGGUAAAAAGCACAUGGUGUUGGUUGUAUGUUACUUUUCCUGCUUUGUGUUUUUGGUUUUAGCGACAGACUUGAUGUAAAGGUGUAAAAAACAAACAAACCUGGGUUUUUGUAUUUUUGGGAUCUCGUGGAUCUGAAACGAUUCAAGUUUAAUGAACUGUUUGAACCUGGUGAAAAAAAAGUUUCAAUAAAGUUGAAGUGCACAA